UGUUUGGCAAACGUAAUUUUUUUGUCGAUGUAUGUCUUCCCCUUAAUUAAAAAAAAAUUAUGUGAAUAUUAAUGGCAUUGCGAGUGGUUUUUAGAUUUUACAGAAAUGAUGAGAUUCCUUGGGUAUCCCAGAUUAAUUUCUCUGUCGAAUUUCCGAGUGCCUAAUUUUCCACUAGUUGCGGAGGUAUUGGUGUGGCUUGUCCGAAGAUUUGAUGGCGAUACCGACAUUUCUUGUGAUUAUCAAACUGAAGAGGAUAGAGUGGCGAUUAUUCGUCGGGCUGCAGAAUUUAUGGCAAUAAAAACAAAUAUCAAACUCAACACAAAAAAGCUGUAUCAAGCUGAUGGUUAUGCUGUCCACGAGCUUUUGAAAAUCGCAACAUUAUUGUACGAAGCCCAGAGUAAAAGUGCUGAGGAAGAAAUUCUGUCGUCUGAUAAUAAGCAUCAGGCGAGAAUCGAUAUCAGUGAUCGAUUGAACGAGUUGAAAACUACAAGGCAAUUAGCGAGCCAAUUAACCGUCAAUGGCGCAAGUCUUUUCGAUUUACUUGGGCGAGAAGUGCAGCUGCGAGAAAUUAGAAAUUUGAAGAUCGCCAGGCAGUUCGAUACAGCAGAAAUCGAAGUUGCGAUGAGAGAUGUUAUAGAAAAUACGAAGAAAGAGAUCGAGGAGACAAAGAAUCAAAUAGAGAAUGUUAAGGUAAUUUAA